UCGAUGAAGACUCCUGCUUCUUUCUUCCGGGAUCGUUUUACGACUUCCGCUUCCCACGAUCAUCCAAGCAGGUUCAUCUUGCCGUUUAUAUCAUCUUUGUUGUGCACCGGCAUUUUCCCACAACACCCUGCUCCUGCUCUCACAGAUGACGAAAAUGGCGGACAACGCAUCAUCGGUCGAGAUUGUUGAGGGCUGUCGCCUCCCCGUUCUUCGUAAAAACCAAGAACACGAGGACGAAUGGCCGCUGGCGGAAAUUUUAAGUGUGAAGGAAGUGUCUUCGAGAAAGCUUUUCUAUGUUCACUAUAUCGACUUCAACAAGCGCCUGGAUGAGUGGGUCACAGGGGACAGGCUGGACAUGAAGAAGCUUCAGUUCCCUAAGAAAGAAGCUAAAACGCCAACCAAGAACGGUCUUACUGGCUCCCGACCCAGUUCUCCAGAGAGAGAAGUGAGAAAGAGUCUAGAUCUCAACGUACAGUCUGCCACAGCUCCUUCCAGAGGCAAAACCCUCCCCACACCGCUAUCGGGUCAUGCUGAACUGCAUGGGAAUCCAGAAAUAAACAACCACGAAAUAAAAAAGGAAGAUGCCGAUCCGGUCGUGCAGAUCACAUCUGGAAGUGCUUUAACACACAGUGUAUCCAAAUGUUUGUCAGGGGUAUGCACUGGACUUGUCAAGCCACAUUUCAACUUCAAAUCUUUCAAGAAGAGAAAAGUAGAAGCCCCUCCGUUGGCGACUCAGGUUCCCCCGGCCCCCCCUGUGCCCUCCCUGCCAAGUUCAACUGAAGCCUCUCAGGCCUCUGUUUUUCCUGCCGGGAGGGAGCCCAACACUUUUAAGGCCCGAGAAGACCAUGAACCGAUCUCCUCGCUCACAACGAACGGCACUGCCCGGCGACUCAUCCCCUCGCAGCCCGGGAGGAAGAGAAAAGCUAAUUGUGGGGGAGCUGAUGAGAUGAUAAAGGUUCUGCAGUAUAACAACCCUCAAACAGCCAGUGUCUUUCUACCACCACCAGAGGAUUCCCAAGACAGUUCAGACGGCAUCCCAACUGCACCCCGCAUGACGGGCAGUCUGGUGUCGGACCGCAGCCAUGACGACAUCGUCACCCGAAUGAAAAACAUAGAGUGUAUAGAGUUAGGACGCCACCGACUAAAGCCCUGGUACUUCUCACCGUACCCACAGGAACUCACCACUCUGCCCAUCCUCUACCUCUGUGAAUUCUGUCUCAAGUACCUCAAAAGCCUGAAGUGUCUCCAGAGGCAUUUGACAAAAUGUAAUCUAAGACAUCCUCCAGGCAACGAGAUCUACCGCAAAGGCACCAUCUCAUUUUUUGAGAUUGACGGCAGGAAAAACAAAACUUAUUCCCAGAACCUGUGUUUACUUGCGAAGUGUUUCCUGGACCACAAAACCUUGUAUUACGACACAGACCCUUUCCUCUUCUAUGUAAUGACAGAGUAUGACUCCAAAGGCUUCCACAUAGUGGGCUACUUUUCUAAGGAAAAAGAGUCGACUGAAGAUUAUAACGUAGCCUGCAUCCUGACCUUGCCUCCCUACCAGCGGAGAGGCUAUGGCAAACUGCUCAUUGAGUUCAGUUACGAGCUGUCCAAGGUAGAAGGGAAGACGGGGACUCCUGAGAAGCCACUUUCUGACCUCGGUCUUUUGUCCUAUCGUUCCUACUGGUCCCAGACCAUCUUGGAAAUUCUCAUGGACCUUAAACCCGACAAUGGAGAAAGGCCGCAGAUUACAAUCAAUGAGAUCAGUGAGAUCACAAGUGUAAAGAAAGAAGACGUCAUUUCAACGCUUCAGUACCUAAACCUCAUCAACUAUUACAAGGGCCAGUACAUCCUGACUCUUUCAGAGGACAUUGUGGACGGACAUGAAAGAGCGAUGCAGAAGAGACACUUGCGAAUAGAUCCAAAAUGCCUUCACUUCACACCUAAGGACUGGAGCAAGAGGGGCAAGUGGUAGAGUCCCGGCCAGCGUCACUGAAUACCCUCCCCAAACCGCCAGAUAGCAGACUUGAAGCAAACAGUGGAUCAGAUCAAGGUUUUUUUCAAGGUUUCUCAAGAAGAACCUCAAAACCUUUUUGAACCCAGGACUCUUUUUCAGAUAAGACACAAUGAACAUAAAUUGUCACUUGAGAUGCAUAAACUUUUAUUGUGAAUAUUCAUUGUAUAUUGUGAAUUUAAAAGCUCUCACACUUGGGGACAAAAGAGAGAGACUGGUUAACCGUGACACCGCCAAAAUAUACAACACACCUUCUACUGUGUAAAAGAUCCUGUUUAUGACCGACAGUGCGUUUAAAAGUGAGAUAUGGUGUUUGUUUAAGAGUGUAAAUUUAAGCCUAAAAUGGGGAACUUACAGACCACCUAAUGAAAAUAUUGUUUAAUAGAGAACAAUUUGUGAUCUACAGUGAAUCGCCUCAUCUGUUGACAGUCAACAUUAUGUAAAAAAACACAAAGGGGAUUUAUUUUCCAUAAAUUCAACAAGGAAAGGUCGUUUUGUUUUAAAUGUGUGAGUUUUGUCUACAUCUGCCACACUAAGAAGUGGCGUUAAAAUGUCGUCGUCGAAAUUAUUAAUGUACCCCCAAACAUGUCAAAUUCCUUGUGUGACCCUUUCCAACAACACCCUAGUCAUACAUGUCAUAUUUAAGAAACCUUAGUUGAUGACAAAAGUAUAAGACUUAAAGCACUCCUUAAACAAUAGGACAGCACUCCAAAAUCUUUUCUUCACUUUCUACUUUGAGUAUACAUUUUUGUACAAAGUGUGCAGGCUUCAAAACGUCUCCAAACACCUCUUCCAAGUUUGAAUUGUUGUGAAAUACAAUACCUACUGAUAAACAAGUCACACAUACACUCACACUUAAUAACAGAGACUCAAUGAUAAAUGUAUUGUCAGAUUGUAAACAGUGAGCGUAAAACAAAUAACAUUUUCGGAUCUGUUUUGGGAGAACAAAAUCAAAAAAAUUCUAAUUCUCAUCUCAACGCACAGAUAGUAACUUUAAGUUUAUUGUGAUUCUCCUCCAGUGCCUGAAUUAGUUUUUGUCUUUCAAUGAACAGUGAGGACAGAAAUGUUCUAGUAGUUAUAUGGCUCACUUGUUAAUAAGAAAAAAUACAUGUAUUUAAAUAAACAUCCAGAACACUUUAGAUGCAGACAAACAUUUCAAAACUAGACAUCAAGAUCUACCGUCAUAAAGUUGUUUAAGAGCCAACAAGGACGAUUCCGGUUUGUUAUCCUUUACAGUAGCAAAUCUGAUUUAAUUUCCCUGUUUUAAAUAGGUGGAAGUAUUUAUGCUCUUUGUGAUCAUUCAGGUUAUUCUUUCUUUUUUAAUAUAUUACAGUGUCAUAAUCAUCUUCACAGUGUGCAAUGAGACAAAUCAAUUCCCCGUGUUUAAACUUAUGUUCCCUGAACUGUACAUAUUGGACCUGAUUGUAAAAAACAAAAAAAAGCUUAGAAUACAGAAGCCAUGUUGAACUGUUAGAAGAAUGUAAAUUUUGUGUACAGUUGUCUUUAGUGUCUUUUUUUACUUAAUGUAAACUAACUGGCUGCACAAUAUCAACAGGAAAAGACAUAAAAAUGGUAUCUUACUUUCAGUUUUGUGUUUAAUGUUUACAUGUCACAAAGGUUGUUGAAUUUACCCUGUUGAAAGGAUUUAGUAAAUCUUUAAGUGAAACACAGUUGAAAGUAUGAUUUGAGCGUUUGAUAUAAAAAAAAGUUCUUGAAUUGAUAAAAAAAAACAUUUUAAAAA